AUCUAUCAUCUAGCAUCUCCUGCUUCUCCUCCAAAUUACAUGUAUAAUCCUAUAAAAACAUUAAAGACCAACACUAUUGGAACGUUAAACAUGCUGGGGUUGGCCAAACGUGUUGGAGCACGGCUGCUGCUGGCCUCUACGUCAGAGGUAUAUGGAGAUCCUGAAGUUCAUCCUCAAAAUGAGGAUUACUGGGGCCAUGUGAAUCCAAUAGGUCCGAGAGCCUGCUAUGAUGAAGGAAAGCGGGUUGCAGAGACCAUGUGCUAUGCAUACAUGAAGCAGGAAGGAGUUGAAGUGAGGGUUGCCAGAAUAUUUAAUACCUUUGGUCCUCGAAUGCAUAUGAAUGAUGGUAGAGUUGUCAGUAAUUUUAUCCUUCAAGCUCUCCAGGGAGAACCACUAACAGUCUACGGACCUGGAACUCAGACAAGAGCUUUCCAGUAUGUCAGUGAUCUUGUGAAUGGGUUGGUGGCGUUGAUGAACAGCAAUGUCAGCAGUCCUGUCAACUUGGGAAACCCAGAAGAGCACACUAUCCUAGAAUUCGCCCAGUUAAUUAAAAAACUUGUUGGCAGUGGGAGUGAAAUCCAGUUUCUCUCAGAAGCUCAGGAUGACCCUCAGAAACGAAAACCUGACAUCAGAAAAGCCAAGUUACUGCUUGGCUGGGAACCUGUGGUCCCACUGGAAGAAGGUUUGAAUAAAGCAAUUCAUUACUUCCGUAAAGAACUUGAGUAUCAGGCGAACAAUCAGUAUAUUCCCAAACCAAAACCUGCAAGGAUGAAAAAAGGAAGAACAAGACAUAACUGAAGACUGUUACUUGGACAGGAAAUUCCCUGCUUGACAUUUGACGGAUGUAAUUUUUUUUCUUCUUUUUUUUUUUUUUUUUUUUUUGAGAGAGAGAGAGACUUUUAAAAAAAGGUAUCAUGAAGAACAAACUGGAAUUUCAUUCUGAAGCUUGCUUUAAAGUGGAUGUGCCUAAAAAUGACAAAAAAAUAUUCCCCUUCCCCUGCAAAUCUUGCCUUGCACUUUUUAAAUCUGUCUUUUUAUGUAAAAUAGAGUAGAAGCAUCUUUUAGUAUCUUCAAGUUUUAUAUCUUGCUGUGAGAUCAUUUUGUUGUGACUGUCCUUGACAGUUUUAUUUACUGGUUUCUUUGUGAAGCUGAAGAUAAACACAAAUGGGAUGGAAAAUGCCAAUUUAUUUAUAAAAUGGGUACUAUAAAAUAUGAGAUGUUCUACUAUGCAUAAGAAAAAAGCUAGUGGUAUUGUCAGGUGAGAGAAACUGACAUCUAAGUAUAGAGGAGUUUAAAAGAAUUCUGUAUGAGAGCUUUAUGUAUUCUUUAAAGGAGAGAUUUUUUCAAAGGUUUAGUUUUAGUUAUACACUUGAAUUUGAGAUAUUUUCAUUGAUUACCAUGGAUAAGGAUAUUUUGAAUCACUACUGUGUUGUGCGUACUCUGGGAAUAAAGUUAAUGUAUUAUUGGUUACAGUGGUUGAAUAUGCUAUUUUAAUAAAAUAUUGAAACUUCUGUUUA